AACAAAUCGUUAGAACGAGUCGUAAUAGUUUUCUUCGUUGGUAUCGGUUAUUCACCGGGUCGUGCUAAAUAUGCUACAAAAUACAAUAAAAUCUGGAUUGAAAUUCCGUUUGGCAGCAGUAUUGAGCUGCACCCAGUUUCAAUUCAGAGAUGCCCGCAGUAAUGAGGCGGCUUACAGCUCUGCUGUGGUUCAACGAAAUAUGAACGCACAACUACUUCAAGCCCCUCGUAACCCGUUGAACACUCUCUGCAAACGUUCCAUGUUCAUUCAAACGCAGGACACACCGAAUCCGGAUAGUUUGAAGUUCCUUCCCGGGGUGGCAGUGCUGGAGAAAGGUCAAACAAUGGACUUCCCCAAUGUGUCGUCUGCUCAAUGCAGUCCCCUGGCAAAGCUUCUGUUCCGUGUCGAGGGAGUUCGGUCCGUAUUUUUCGGUGGCGAUUUUGUAACCAUAUCGAAGCAGGAGGAUGCUGAAUGGCGAAUUAUCAAGCCGGAAGUGUUCGCGGUAAUUAUGGACUUUUUUGCCUCGGGGCUUCCGGUGGUCACUGAUGCCAAGCCCAACCUGGACACGCAAAUCAAUGAGGAGGACGACGAAACGGUGCAGAUGAUCAAGGAGCUGCUUGACACGCGCAUUCGCCCUACGGUGCAAGAAGAUGGAGGGGAUAUUAUCUUUAUGGGCUUCGAUGACGGUGUGGUGAAGCUUAAAAUGCAGGGCUCCUGUUCGUCGUGUCCUAGCUCUAUCGUUACGCUGAAAAACGGUGUGCAGAACAUGCUACAGUUCUACAUACCCGAGGUGGUGUCUGUCGAGCAGGUUAAGGAUGAUGUAGAUAAAAUCACAGAGGAAGAAUUUUCCCGGCUCGAAAAACAAAUCCGGAAGAAGGACGAAUCUGCAGUAGACAACAAACCUUAAUUGCAUGUGUAUGUUAUCUUUAUUAUCCGUAAUUCUAACAUAUAGCGUUAUGUACAUACAAUACAAUCUUUGAAA